GGGCGCGCGGCUCUCAAGAUGGCGGCGCCGACAUCGCCCCGCGCUCAUCCCCUCCGCACGGCGUCGGCGGGUCACGUGCUCGCCGGGCCACUUCCGGGGGUGGGCGGGGCCGCGGGCCGGAAGCGCGCGAGGCCGUGACGGCGGGAGAAGAUGUCAUGCGGCCUACUUCCGGCCCGCAGCCUGCGGGGGGCGCGGGGGGCGCGGCCGCGGGGCCCGGCGGGGAGCGGGCCCCCCCCCGGCAGGGCCGCCCCCCCCCCCCGCCAUGACAGGGCGGACGCAGGUAGGAGCCAGGCCCGGGGCAGGGGGGGCCCACGCCGCCGCCACCCUCGAUGCCCGGUGCCACACCCGCGCCUCUGGGGUGGUUCCUGCCGCCCUCCGCCCGCAGCCGUGGCUCCCGGCCCCCCCUGGGGGGGUUCUCGGUGGGGUGCCGGUGGGACGAGCCAUGGGGCACCCCAUGCACACCCCCAGGGCUCCGGGCAGUGUCGUGCGGUCAGUCCGCAGGGACCCAUGGCCCCCCCCCGGCACGCAGUGCCCCCGGGUGCACGCCCUCCGCCGCACCCCGGCCAUGGGAGGCUUCCCGCGGGGGGGAACAGCGCCUGGGAAAUGAGACCUGCGCCGCGGGGAUGGGCCCGAGCGCGCGAGGGAGGAGGGUGCCAAAUGUGUGUGUGGCAGGAACCGGUGGCCUUCGAGGACGUUGCGGUGUACCUGAGCCGCACGGAGUGGGACACCAUCACGGCGGAGCAGAGGGAGCUCUACUGCAGCGUCAUGAGGGACAACUACCGGCUCCUGACGUCCCUGGGUUACCCAGGCCCCAAACCUGACAUUUUAUACCGGAUGGAGCGUGGGGAAGAGCCGUGGGUCUGCUCGCCACAGAGCCCAGCGAGGUGGGAAGGCCCCAGCUGCCCCUCUCCAGGAUGUGACGGGGCCAUGAGCUUGCUGGAAGUGCCUCCCUGGGGCUGGUGGCCUGGUGCUGGUGUGCCAGAGGAGAGGGCACAGUCGCCCUGCCAAGGUGAGUCCUGGUCGCUCCUCUUCCUUGCCACCGGGCUCUGGAGCAAGGAGCUGGCAGCGGGAUCUGGCUGUGCCUGGUCAGUGCCACUGGUGCUUCUCCAGCCCCAUGGGAAGGGCUUGACUCGCCAGACGGGCCAUGCAGAGGUCUGGGGAGGAUGGGGGUUUCUUAGCUCCCCAUCCCCUCAGCGUGGCCCCCUUCUCCAGAGCCCCAGCCAGCCAGAAGGCAAACUCCCACCAGCCCUCCCUCAGCAGGAGGACAGUGUCUGCAGCGUCGUCUCCAGUCUGAAAGACUCCUGCACAAGCUCAGAUAUCUCAAGGGUCGCAGCAAGGUGCCAGUGAAGGCAGCCAGCAGAGGAGUGGUGCCAGCGGAAAGCCAAAACCACACACAGACCGUUGUCUGGCCCCGGAAGGAAGAAGCAGCAGAGGAUAAACGAUGGGUGACAGCAGACGUAGCACAAGGCAGAGAACUCGCACUUAAUCCCAGGACAGAACAGCAGAACUACAAGUCAGAUCCUCAGGAGCAUCCUUGUGGUGACCAAAAGGAGCAGUGUCAGAGGAGCACCUAUGAAAACGGGUGCACCUCCGAAGUGCCAUUCUUCCUGGGAAACGGGGAACUGCGUGCCCAGGAUGCGAAUGAGGCUGUUUGGAAGGACCACUGCUACUGCGGGGCUGAGCGUGACGCGGCUCUGGCACCGCGGCCCCUGGCCGUGUCUCCCACAGACCACAACUACUGCCGGCCACAGGCGCUGGGCAGCGCCGUGCUCAAGGAGCACGGGUACUGCCGCUGCAGAGGACUUGUUUCGGGGCCAGGGUUGUAACGUGGCUCGUCUGGGCAGCAAAGCUCGGGCCGUGCUGCACAGGCUGCCACGCGGAGAGCCCAGAUCGGGCAGAUCAUCAGGAAAGCCAAGCGGAUUAUGUUGGCGCUGCAAUUCCUACAUCAGCAGGAGGCUGGGGUUGCUCGGGGCUCCUCCAGCACUGGCUGUCCUGCGCCUGCUGUCCCCGAUGGUAAGGCGGAGCCAGUCCCCGUGGAGGGAAAGGGCCGGAGCACUCAGUUCUCCUGCAAAGCAUGAGGCCGAGCUGCCCCUCUCUCAGGGCAGAAGCAGCUCCCCAGAAGCUCUUUGUGCCCCUGUGGCAUCUCCGGCACCACUGCCUGCGCCCCCACCUGCAGAGGCAGCCGUGGUGGCGAGUAGCAAAGUGCUGCCCCCUGAGGUGUCCCCGCACAGCGAGGAGCAGCCCAUCGCAGCCCCGGUGUUAAACCACAACCCCCGGGAGAGGACACAACCCCGCUCACUCGGACCGCAUACCGCUGCACACCGCCUACAAGACGCUGAUUGCGGACGGUGGACCACGUGUUUGGAUCCGUGUGCCACAAGUUCGAGCUCUAGCAGCUACGCUCGGCACAUGGAUACCUGGCCUUCGUCAUCCGCAUGGACAGCUGACCAGCACUUUCCUCCCCUGCCGCCAAACUCACCCGCAAGAGAUUUGGGAGAGGAAGUGCUAUGAAACACCCACCGGAGGGAUCGGCGGCGCAGAGCUGUGCAGUGCCAGAAACAGGGGCUGACGGCAGAACAGGCCAAGGGAAGGACGAGUGUGGGACAGAGCGACUGGAGAUGGGUACUGCGGGUGGUCCAGCAGCAGGGCAGGAGGGUUUCUGACCACGGGGAUCUCCCUACCACUCAUUAAAGUAUUAAGUUAUUGC